ACCAUCAAAGCGGGUGUGGCUGCAGUGCAGGGCUGCAGUAGAAUCCUGUCUUUCAGCUUCAUUGUGUGAAUAGGCAAGAGUGAUGCAAGAGUGAUUUAAGGCUGAGGUGCUCUUUAGUUACCAUUUACCACCAUCAGAGAAGGGAAAGAAAUCAGCUGACUUUCGUCUCACGGCAGAACGUUUGAAGUUCAUCGUUAUGUCUGAUGAAAUGUAUUCACUGCUGAGCCUGGAGGAAGAGCUGAAUUGUAGCAUAUGCCUCUUCGUCUUCGAUAACCCGGUGACCACGCCAUGCGGGCAUAAUUAUUGCCAGGAUUGUCUGGAUAAGACCUGGCAGGAUAGCGAUCAGGUGGCCCUAGGCUUUAACUGUCCACAGUGCCGGACUCACUUCUCCACCAAGCCCGAGUUAAAGAAGAACACGGUUCUCAGCACCAUAGUGAAGACGUUUAAUAUGAGGUUGGAAGGAUCCAACGAUGUGGACGUGGAGGUUAAGAAGGUGCCAGAAGUGGCUGAAAUUACCUGUGAUGUCUGUGGGAAAACCAAAGCAUAUAAGACGUGCCUAACAUGCAUGGCGUCGUAUUGCGAGGAGCAUGUGAGGCCGCAUAAGGAAAAUCCGAUUUUUUCGACACAUGAGAUGACAGAUCCGCUGUCAGACCUCAAGGAGCGCAUCUGCCUCACUCACAACAAAAUGAUGGAGUUUUACUGCAGCACGCACAGCCAGUGCAUUUGUGUCGUAUGCCUUCAGGAAAAACACAACAACUGCAGCUUCUGCAAGCCAGAGGAAGGACGAAACAUCCAGGAAUCUGAGCUAAAGAAAAUGAUGUAUAAUCUUGAUGGAAAAAUAGAGAAGACCCACACAGUUGUCAGUCAGAUGAAGGAGCAGCAGUUUGUACUGAAGGAUUCAGCCAGUAGCAGGAAGAGGAUUCUGGAGAGUGAGUUUCAGCAAAUCCGGGAACUCAUUGACAGAAGUGAGCAGGAAGCCAUGAAGCUUGUGGACCAAGAGCAAGACAGCGGGAAUGAGAAGAUCCAGUCUUUGAUGAAGAGAUUCACCCUAAACGUGGAACAGAUGAAGGAAACGAAAAGUCAGAUCGAGAGCCUCUUGGGCAAGAAGGAAUCAUUCAUGUUCCUGCAGACUAAAGUAAAUCUGCCCCGAGCAGCGGAACCAUAUGUGCCCAGAGUCAAUGUCAAUUCCAGACAGGUGAGAGCCUCUGAGGACUACACUGUUGCUCUGAAGAAAUUCCUUGAAUACUUGUUGAAGGCACCAGCUGAGCAGAGGCUUCAGCUGCUGAACGCAGAUACUCGCAACACAUCUGUCGAUGAUAUAAAUAAAGAAGUUCGCCAUCCAACAAUGCCUGAUGUCCGCGGGACACGUGGCGAAAUGUUCCGUCAGCCCCCUGGGCAUUUACCAAAUCAAGGCGCAAGGAAGAAGCUGCCAUUUCCCAAUCCCAAGGAAGUGAAGGGUGAAAACUUUUACAAAACUAAGAAGAAACCACCACAUCCUCCACGAGAACUAGCCGCUCCUUUAAUGAACACUAAUGAGCCACCAAAAGCCCUGGGCCUUUAUGUCCCCCAUGAACCAAAAAAAGUCCCAAGUGUUGUUUCUGCUACUACAAGUGAUCUACUGAAGUAUGGCGUUGAACUGACUCUGGACCCCAUGACGGCCCACAAGUGCAUCCUCCUGUUGGAGAAUUUCACGAAGGCCAUGGCAUCUGACGAGCCGAGUCCUUACCCUGACGGGCCCGAACGCUUUGCCCUGUGGAACCAGGUGCUGGGCACCAGGGGCUUCUCUCAAGGACGCCACUACUGGGAGGUCAACAUGAGCAGCAACAAUUUCUGCGGCCUCGGCCUGGCCUACAAGAGCAUGGACCGCGAUGGCCCCGCCAGCCGGCUGGGCCGCAACAGCCAGUCCUGGUGCCUGGAGUGGUCCAACUUUAUGCUCUCUGCCUGGCACAACAGCAGUGAGACAGUGCUGGAAAACCUCAACCCCAGUCGGGUAGGCAUCCUACUGGACUGCGAUCAGGGCACCAUCACCUUCUACAACGUGGCUGACAGGGCCUACCCCUUCUACACUUUCAUUCAGCGCUUCUCACAGCCAGUUUAUCCAGCCUUCUGGAUCUUCUCCAGUGGUUCUCACGUCACUCUGUGUAAGAUGACCAACUGAGCAGAUGCCCGUGCAAAUUAUCCAAAGCACAUUUAUAACCUGGUGCUAAUGUUGAAUAUUGUCAAAUAGGACAGUAGUUAGCAUGACAUUACUGGGGGUGAAUAAUACAAACAAUAAUUUUAUCAUAUACCUAAUAAUGAAAUCAAACUUGUGAGUGAAUGGUGUGUGAGUGUGCCCUGCGAUGGGCUGGCCCCCCAUCCUGGGUUGUUCCCUGCCUCGUGCCCAUUGCUUCCAGGAUAGGCUCCGGACCCCCCAUGACCCAGUAGGAUAAGCGGUUUGGAAAAUGGAUGGAUGGAUGGAUGAAAUCAAACUUUGAUUAUUACGCAUCAUUUUGUUUAUGAAAAUAAUGUUUUUUUUAACAUUUAUAUAAUCAUACCAUUUUUUGGUUCUGAAAAAACACAAACUGAAAACUAAUAUAAAUACCAAUAGCUAGGAGUAUAUUGUUGCUGUCCAAUGGAAAAACAUGUACACCUCUAAAAGUUCAUUGUUUCAGAAGUGUGAAAAAAAAUCCAUCUUCUCAUAAACUACAUUGCAAAAUGAACCUUAAACAUCAUAAUGAGACUCCCUCAGUGCCAGAAAGGGGAACCUGCCUUCACACAGCCAGCAGUGAACGGGUUAAUGUUUUAAAUGGACUUACAUGGGUUGUUGUCAGGGAGGCAAAUACGUCCCUGACAAAAUACAAUCCAAUCUCACUUUAUAUUCACGGUUAACAAUGAUGCUAAUUAUCUAGCUAUCUAGCUGUUAAUGUUGUUAAAAUUAGUGAUAUAAAGUAAUCCAUACAAAUGACCUUCAUGAAUACAUAUGAAUACAUACCAGUACUACCAGUAGACAGAGGAGAAUUCCAUCCAUCUACAGUAAAAGGUCACAGUCAUUAAAUUGUGGACGUCGGACAGCAACAAUAUGAUAAUUAUUCUGUGAUGCCUCACGUUUAACGGCAGCAGGUACCAAGCAGCUACUUUUGUUAUGAGCUUCACUGAGAAGCUGUACAGCGCCAUGUGCCCUGUAACAUGAGUAAACAAUGUCAGUAUGCUAACAGGUAUCUCAAAGCUAAGCUUCCACUGCGCAGCUGAAAAUUCUCUUUUCACAUCCUGAGUGUGACCAUGAGAAAAAAUGUUAAAAUUCCAGAAAACCCUCUGGCCAUGUACCCUGAGCAUAGCACUUGUGGUUCACUAGCUAGGGACUGGAAUCAGAAACCAGAUGCUUUUUGUCACUGGUGUUCACUGGAGUGACUGAUGUGUUCAGCGGUGCUGGUCACGUUGUACAUCCAGAAUUUGAUGCUGCUGAUGAAACUGAGAAUCUGGAGAGAUUAUAGACCUCCUCCAUAUUAUACAGACUCCCAGUGGAACAUCCAGUCGAUUUUUGAAUCUGGUGUAUUAAUGGUAAAGUCAAAAGCCUUAAUGUUUACUUAAAGCAGUUCAAGUUUGGUAAUAAUUUCCAGGUUUAUCACUAUGUUUUAACUGAAAAGAUAAAAUAUGAAUUGUGAUGCACAAGCAAUAAGUCCCAUUCAUUAGGAUUUCAGAAAUCAGUUGGGAACUGGGAUUUAAGUUGUGUUGUUUAACUUUUAUUGAGAUUUGGGUGUUGAAAUGUUCUACUAUUUGAGGUGACAUGUCUUUGGUUAGUUUAAAAGGUUCUCUUCUUAGGGGCUGUGACUUAGUGGCUUCUGAUGCUGUGUCUGUGACUGGAAGGUUGCUGGUUCAAAUCCGAGGCCUAGAGUGAGCUCAUUGUUGGCUCCUUGAGCGAGGCCCUUAACUGCCAGUUGCUCCAAGGAUGGCCUUUUGGAUUGUCUGCUAAAUACGUAAACUGUAUACACUGGCUAGAAGGGUCAUGAGAAUUCAGCACGGUGUUGGCCCCUGGUCAUCACUGUCUUUUGCUUUAGCAAAACACAGUUAAUAGCAAUGUGAUCCAGCUGUGACACAAGGGAAUUGGGCCCUGUACCAUCGCUGGUCUUGUUCUUCCAAACGUACUUGGAUGGAAAUCACACCCAAAUAAACAGGUGAUGUUCAUUUCUGUUGCCAUAGUAUUUGGGGGCAAUUAGUAUACAAUAUUUAAAAAGUCACCUAGGGAAUUUUGGAAGGAAUAAAAGAAUAGUAAGUUGAUAGACAAAAUGAAACCAAAAUCAUGUUCUAGCUCAUAAGAGAUGUGAUUUGUAUGAUUUGUGUCCUGCAAAGAACGUGCAUCUGUCAGGGCUCAAUGGAUGGCAGUAAUAAUAAAAUGUAUUUUCUAUGGUGA